AUGACCGACAGUAUCCCCCUGCAGCCCGUGAGGCGACAGAAGAGGCACGACGGCAAACACAGGAACGGAUGCUGCCCGUGGUCGCGAUGCUGCGGCAUGGGGGACUUCCGUCCUCGCACCGUGUGGCUCGGCCACCCGGAGAAGAGGGAGCAGAGGUACCCGAAGAAUGUCAUUAACAACCAGAAGUACAACUUCUUCACCUUCCUUCCUGGGGUGCUGUUUAAUCAGUUUAAGUACUUCUUCAACUUGUACUUUCUGCUACUGGCCUGCUCUCAAUUUGUCGAGGAGUUACGCCUAGGCGCCCUCUACACCUACUGGGUCCCUUUGGGUCUUGUUUUGUUUAUCACCAUCAUGAGAGAGGCAACUGAAGAGAUACGGUGCUACCUUCGAGACAAAGAAGUAAACUCUCAAGUUUACAGCAAGCUUUCAACGAGAGGGACGGUGAAGGUUAAAAGCAGCGGCAUUCAAGUGGGCGACCUCAUAAUAGUGGAGAAGAACCAACGUGUCCCUGCUGACAUGAUCUUUUUAAGGACCUCUGAACGAAAUGGCUCCUGCUUCCUUCGAACUGACCAGCUGGACGGAGAGACGGACUGGAAACUACGCCUCCCAGUGGCCUGCACCCAGAGGCUGCCUACUGCCGCUGACCUUCUCCAGAUCCGAUCGUAUGUGUACGCAGAAGAACCAAACAUUGAUAUCCAUAACUUUAUUGGAACUUUCACCAGGGAAGAUGGAGACCCCCCGGUAAACGAGAGUCUCAGCAUCGAGAACACCCUGUGGGCGAGCACGGUUGUUGCUUCUGGCACGGUGGUGGGGGUUGUGAUUUACACAGGCAAGGAGCUGCGGAGUGUCAUGAACACCUCCAACCCACGGCACAAGGUGGGUUUGUUCGACCUGGAGGUGAACUGUUUGACAAAGAUCUUGUUUGGGGCCCUGGUCGUGGUGUCGCUGGUCAUGGUGGCCCUCCAGCACUUUGCUGGCCGUUGGUACCUCCAGAUCUUCCGCUUCUUGCUCCUCUUCUCCCACAUUGUGCCCAUCAGUUUGCGCGUUAACCUGGAUAUGGGAAAGAUGGUUUUCAGCUGGAUGAUCAAGAAAGACUCCAAGAUCCCGGGGACGGUGGUGAGGGCCAGCACCAUACCGGAGCAGCUCGGACGCAUCUCCUACCUGCUUACUGACAAAACAGGCACCCUUACCCAAAAUGAAAUGGUGUUCAGGCGUCUCCAUCUUGGAACCGUGGCCUACGGCAUGGACUCGAUGGAUGAAGUGCAGAGCCAUGUGUUCAGCGCAUACACACAGCCCACCCAUGACCUUCCAGCCUCCAGGGCGCCGGCAGCCACCAAGGUCCGAAAGACCAUCAGCAGCCGAGUCCACGAGGCGGUGAAAGCCAUCGCCCUGGUGCACAACGUGACGCCCGUGUACGAGUCCAACGGUGUGACGGACCAGGCCGAGGCAGAGCAGCACUACGAAGACACCUGCCGGGUCUACCAGGCGGCCAGUCCAGACGAGGUGUCGCUGGUGCAGUGGACUGAGAGCGUUGGGCUGACUCUGGUGGGACGAGACCAAUCCUCCAUGCAGCUACGGACCCCUACUGGUCAAAUUCUGAACUUCACCAUCCUUCAGAUAUUUCCCUUCACCUACGAGAGCAAAAGGAUGGGGAUUAUAGUGCGAGAUGAAUCGACGGGAGAGAUAACGUUCUACAUGAAGGGUGCCGAUGUGGUGAUGGCAGGCAUUGUCCAGUACAACGAUUGGCUGGAAGAGGAGUGUGGAAACAUGGCGAGGGAAGGCCUGAGGGUCCUUGUGGUCUCCAAGAAGUCGCUGACGGAGGAACAGUAUCAGGAUUUUGAGGCGCGGUACAUCCAGGCCAAGCUCAGCGUUCACGACCGCUCCCUGAAAGUGGCCACGGUGAUCGAGAGCCUGGAGAUGGAGAUGGAGUUGUUGUGUCUGACUGGGGUGGAGGACCAGCUCCAGGCCGAUGUCAGACCCACCCUGGAGAUCCUCCGCAACGCAGGCAUCAGGGUCUGGAUGCUGACUGGAGACAAACUGGAAACUGCCACAUGCACCGCCAAGAAUGCCCACUUGAUCACCCGCAAUCAGGACAUCCACAUCUUCAGACAAGUGACAACGCGAGGGGAAGCCCACCUGGAGCUCAACGCUUUCAGGAGAAAACAUGACUGCGCUCUGGUGAUAUCGGGGGACUCGCUCGAGGUUUGUCUGAAAUAUUACGAGUAUGAGUUCAUGGAGCUCGCGUGUCAGUGUCCCGCUGUGGUUUGCUGCCGAUGCACCCCCACCCAGAAGGCACAGAUAGUCCGGCUGCUGCAGGAGCGCACAGGCAAACUCACCUGCGCUGUCGGGGACGGAGGAAACGAUGUCAGCAUGAUCCAGGAAGCCGACUGUGGCGUGGGAGUGGAGGGAAAAGAAGGAAAGCAAGCCUCCCUGGCCGCCGACUUCUCUGUGACUCAGUUCAAGCAUUUGGGUCGUCUCCUCAUGGUCCACGGUCGGAACAGCUACAAACGAUCCGCAGCCCUCAGCCAGUUUGUCAUCCACAGGAGCCUGUGCAUCAGCACCAUGCAGGCAGUUUUCUCCUCGGUUUUCUACUUUGCCUCCGUCCCGCUCUACCAGGGAUUUCUCAUUAUUGGUUAUUCCACCAUCUACACCAUGUUCCCCGUCUUCUCUCUGGUGUUGGAUAAAGAUGUGAAGUCAGAAGUCGCCAUGCUUUAUCCGGAGCUAUACAAAGAUCUGUUGAAGGGUCGACCGCUGUCUUUCAAGACGUUUCUAAUAUGGGUCCUUAUAAGUAUAUAUCAAGGGAGCAUCAUCAUGUACGGAGCCAUGCUGCUGUUCGAGUCGGAGUUUGUCCACAUCGUGGCCAUUUCCUUCACCUCGCUGAUUCUGACCGAGCUGCUGAUGGUGGCGCUGACCGUUCAGACGUGGCACUGGCUUAUGAUAGUCGGCGAGCUCCUGAGUCUGGCGUGCUACGUCGCUUCGCUCGUGUUCCUGCAUGAAUUUAUAGAUGUGUACUUCAUCACCACGGUGUCGUUCCUGUGGAAGGUGACUGCCAUCACGCUGGUGAGCUGCCUGCCUCUCUACAUCCUCAAGUACCUGCGCAGACGCUUCUCUCCGCCCAGUUACUCCAAGUUGACCUCCUAAAAAAAAAAAGAAAAAAAGAAAUUAACUCUCUGGCCACGUUUCCUGAAAAGAGGAAUCCCUCAUCUUCACCUCCACCAGGGAUCCAAAGACAGAUUUAUUCCUUUUAAGUUGUUCUGAACAGCUCUUUGACAUAGAGGGUUUACCAAGAGAAAAGCAGUGUUAAUUGCUCUCUGUGUGUUUGAUGCAUGACCGAUUGGUGGUUUCUCUGUGUGCCAAGCUCCUGCAGUAAGUUGUGUUUCAGCCUAAAUUCACCCGAUUCAAAGCAGUUUUAUGAAAUGUAUUCAUCGGCCGUGGUCAGGUGUGUGUUAAACGUGGCCCACGGGACACGUGGGAGACAUCCAGACAAAUGAGAGCUCCACAGCUGCACAGGUUCUGCAGACCAUCUCCGUUUGAUAAUGUGACGAGGAAGGGAAGAGGAAGAGCCGGCGUCUGGCUCUGAAUUCCUGCUUAAAUAAAACACCCCAUUUAUUCUGCGAAAAAAGUGAGACUGACCUAGAGCUGAUUCACAUUCUCCUGCGAGCAGCGACUUCUAAUUGAAGGUUUCGAAUUAGAAAGUCAAAGCCCAGUUUUUACAGCCGGGGCUUUUUUCCUGAAACGAGAUCCCGAUUGAAGCUCGCGUCUUUGCCGAUGCGUCACCCCGACGCUUACAGCUCAGCACGGCCGAGGCGGCGCAGGGGCCUCCUAUUUUAGCCCGACCUUCGGCAUCUGAUGUUAAAUCCGUCCCAGCGUCUUUGUUUGCCCCCCCCCCCCACCCCCUCUGACUUGCUGGUGUUUGUGGAGCGUGGUCAGAACGCCGGCUAGCUCCGCACCAGGAGCCCCUCUGUCAGGCUGCAUGGAGGGCAACACGCCGCCUCUAAUGUGGCGUGCCGGCUGCGGCCGCGCUCUCAGCCCCGCAUGAUGACUCACUUUAACAGCCCUGACUGAAAAUACCCCGGAGACCGACCAGCGUCACGAGGCGCAGUCCCCGGGGGCCCGCCCCCCCCCCCCUCCAGCCUCUGUGAAAUAACAAAAAGGGGAUCAAUUAAACGACGUGUGGACACGGUCCUCGUUUAGUUACUGAUUCUGCACUUUAACAGCAACUAAUGUGACGCCACACUCCUACGACCUCGUUUCACUCGUGUUGUGAUGAACUGUAAAUGUUGACCGCCUAACGCAGUAACAUGGCCACACGGCGCUCAUUAUGUGUUUAUUUUGCGUAUUUAAAAAAAGGGUAAUUAAGCAUGAAAUGUACAAACCGUGCCAUAAUGGGUCGUUUUUAUUUAUUUAUUUUGGUUUAUCUUUUGGGCUUUUUUUUUUUUUUUUGGUAUGUGAGACUGGAUUUCUGAUUAAUUUUCAUAAAACCUGAAUUCUUCAAGCUGUUUGCACAUUUUUAACAACUCUCUGGAAUUUUUGUGUUUAUUUUCUAAUCAAAGUGUAAACCAUUAAUGAUUUGCUUGUACGUGCAAAACUUUUAUUUAAUUAUGUUGAUUGCACUUAAGGGAGCAGAACAAAAAAAAAAAGGGAAUGAAAUGUGCUGAUGUCAACAUUGUGAUUAUUAAUAAAUAUGUGGGGGUUUU